AUGUAUGCGACCGAAGACGCUAACGGAAAAGAUACCUACUACCCGAUGGCCCUUGUCUCCGGUGCCGCUGUGCUCACCAUGUUUUUCAGCGCCUUGGGACUAAUGACGUUUUGCAUACAAGCCAUCUACAAGGCACUCAAAACUGCCGAGAACUUCGGCGCCAAGACUAAACGGAUGCAGAGGGACCUCUUUAGAGCCCUUAUGAUUCAGGCGCGGCUGGUCGCGCGGCCCCGCCAUCGUCGGGAAAAUGAG